AUGGGCGUAGGCUACGACCGCCUUGACCGAGACGCGCUUGCAAAGCGGAACGUAACAGUCUGCAACGUUCCAGACUAUGGAACUGCAGAGAUCGCCGAUCACGCGAUUGGGUUAAUGCUAUCGAUGCGUCGCGGGAUCCUGAUUCACAACGAGCGGCAACGAGCGACGCCGCCAGCGCCCUGGAUGCCGAUAGAGACGCCCUUGGUUGCUAGGUUACAGGGCCACAUAUUCGGGGUGUUCGGACUGGGUCGCAUCGGCACGGCGGCAGCACUGCGAGCCAAAGCCUUUGGCAUGCAUGUCCUGUUCUACGAUCCUUACCUGCCGAAUGGCGUAGACAAGAGCUUGGGUAUGGAGAGGACGAAGGAUAUCAAUGAGCUCUUCAGGAGAAGUCAGGUGCUGAGCUUACACUCGCCGUGCACUCGUGAGACACGGGACUCUAUUGGCUACGAAUUGCUCUCACUCCUGCCGCGCGGUACAGUGCUGGUCAACACAUCCCGAGGAGAGGUGCUGAACUUGGACGGAGUGGAGAGGUGUCUGAAGGAGAACAUUAUAUCUGGCGCAGCCCUGGAUGUCCUGCCGGAAGAGCCUAUUCCUGAGGACAGAGUGCAUCCUCUUAUCCAAGCGUACCGCAACAAGGAGCCGUGGCUAGAAGGCAGGAUGGUUCUAACGUGCCAUACUGCAUUCUACUCGCCGGAGAGCUUUGUCGAUAUCAGGAUCAAGAGCUGCGAGACGCUGAGAGAUGUGCUAAUUGAUGGAGGCAGGUCCAACAUCAUAACGCCAGAAAUGGAGUAA